GUUUUAACGCAUUUUAGAUUUUUCUAAAUAGUCUGAAUUGUUCUAUAUAAAUUAAGUUCAUUUGAUAAUAAAUAUUAUUUUUCACGUUUAACUCACUUAUAAGUAAUCAUAAUUAAAAAUGAAUUUCUAUUUUUGUUUUGGAAUAUUACUUUCUUUUAUGUGUUUAAUUACCAUACCUACGUUUUCAACUGGAAUGUCCUCCUCCAGAAACAAUUAUGAUGAUUUAAUAAAGUUAAUUUUCAAUCCAAUAAAUGAGGAAAAUUUACCCAUAACAAUUUUCGUCAUACAAUAUUUUAUGGAUAAAUGUUUCAAUAUUUCUGUUGAAAACGGUGAAAUUAUACUCGAAAGAAAAAAAGAUAUUGUAUUUAAACAAUUGUUUAAUUUGUCAGAAGAAAUAGAAGAUUUUAAUAGUAUUUCAGACGAUAAAUUAUCAUCAGAAUUUAAAAUAAUAUUUGAAAGUUUCAUGUUAAGCGAACAAGACUUCAAUGAAUUUUUCCAAAUUAAUGAUAUAAAUAAAAACGGCACUGUCAAAAAAGAAGAAGCAUAUGACAUUUUUUUAAAUAACGUAUUGCUUUGUAUGUUACUUAAAGAAGACAUUAAUAAGAUAUUCACAAAAUAUACAAAAAAUGAAAAUCAAUUUAAAUACAAAAGUUAUGCAAUUAUGACAGAUUUUCUAAAAUUGUCUAAUUCAGAAGAAGACAAAAAUUAUAUUGAGUCCGCCUUAAAAAAUUCGAAUGAGAGUAUUUCUAAAGAAGAAGCAGGUAGAAUUUUUUUCAAAAGUCCAUUGUUUAGAAAUCGCAUUAACAACAUAAUCACAAAGUAUACAAAUGAUCAAAAUCAAUGUAAUUACAAAGAAAUGAUAGCAGGAUUUGGCGAUGAUUAUAAAGGAUAUAAAUCUUUUGUUUUGACUUAUAAUCAGAAUACACAAAAAUGGGAAAAAAAAAUAACAAAGUAACAUCAAUUCUUAGUUUAUAAAAAUAUAGUAACACUCCAUUAAAAUAAUUUUUUUCAUAUUUAUUUUUUCAUAAAUAUUUAUAUUGAUUUACAUUAAUGUAUGUUUGAUGUAAUGUUUAGUGAAAAUAUGUAUCAUAUAAUAAAAAUGUAUCACUUGUGUUUAAUAUUAAUUAAAAUUAAAAAUAAAUUUAAAACUGUAAUAUUAAAAAUAUUUCAAUAAAUGGCCAUUCAA